AUGCUUAGUAGAAAGUUGCAGGAAAGACGAGAGUAUCUAAAGCACAAAGAAAAAGAGCAGAGCAUAGAGAAGAAGCAGGAAAUACUGCAGAAUGCGCUGAAAAAUAACACCAGAAUACCGCACUGUCUCCGUGGAGAGGCCAAAGAGCUGUUGGACGAGAUAAUCUAUGGAACCAAAGAAGAGGAAUCCAUGCACUUGCCCCCAAAAAUAGCCAUUACAACCUCACACACUCCAUCCUCAUUUUUAAAGUCAUUUUCAAAGCACAUUUCUCUUAUCUUCAACGGCUUUCAUCUGAUGAGGGGACGAAUGUCAGAAAAAGAGCUUUCCGAAUACUGCAUCACACAGGAAGUAACCCACCUGAUCAUUCUGCAUGAGACCAAGGGAAAUCCAUCAUCCAUGCUUCUCUGUAAGUAUCCCAAUGGCCCCACAUACCAGUUCUCAAUAUUCAAUGUGAAGUACCAAAGAAGACAAAAAUCCAUAGGAGAAAAAGCAUAUCUAGUUUUGGACGGAAUGGAUAGUGAAGCAGGAAAGAGGUUGAAGCUGAAUCUCUCCCUUUGCUUUCCAAAGGUGCUGGAUGCAUCCCGACUCGUGGCCUUUAUAAAUAGGAAUGGAACGAUUGCAUUCAGACAUUCCUGA